AUGGGCAACUUCUUUAAAUUAGAAAUUAGCCACAUCACAAAAAAAAACCCUCUUAGCGCGGUAGGUCUCCUAAUCGGCAGCAUGAUGGGCAGCUUCUUCUUACGCAGCGCCCGCCGGUGGCCCAUGUUCAUCGGGGGCGGGUUGGGCUUCGGCAUGGCCUACACGAACUGCGAGCACAGCCUCAACGACUACCUCCUCUCUAUGGACCCUAAGGCUUGCGUCAUCAAGAGGUUAAAUCAUCGCAAUUUUAAGCAAUUAACCAACGGAUAUCAACGAUAA